AUGUCUACCGAUAACUCGUCCACCGUACGAGAUCAGAACAUAGUGAUAUUUCAGCUCCCCUACGGUCCGCCGUUUAGACUCUCGGCCCUCAAAUAUGUCUGUUUCCUGGUUUGUGGAAUAGCCAACUUGUGGCCGUGGAAUUGCUUCUUAUCAGCAUCUGAAUAUUUCCAAGACAGCUUUAGCAGCAAGCCCAUGCUGGCCAACACAUACUCCUCCUCUAUGAUGACCAUAUCCACCCUUGCGUCAGCAUCUUUCAACUUGUACUUAUCGCAAAAGCAGAAAGACGCUGACUAUAAAUUUAGACUCAAUGUGGGGAGCAUGCUGCAGGCGGCAGUGUUCCUGUUGCUCACCAUCUCAACGUUCAUCAAGAACAAGCCGGCAGUGCUAUAUUUUGUGUACGUGAUGAUCAGUGUCUUUGUUAGUUCCUGUGCCACGUCGUUUGCCCAAGUCGGAGUGCUUGCUCUGGUGAAUCUCGAGGGCCCGAUCUAUGCCAAUGCGAACGUUGUUGGUAACGCGGUUGCAGGCGUGCUUCCAUCCAUCUCGCUGAUCGUAUCCAUUUUGUUGAGCAAGACCCAAAGCGAUAGGGACAAAGAGGUGUUCAAUUACUUCUUUACAAGUCUCUGCAUAGAAUUUCUUGCACUCAGUUUGUUAUGGAUCACCUAUAGAUACAAAGCCAAAGCUGGACAGUUCCAAGCGCUCCCCAAUGACACCACACUGGAGCUAGACGACGAGUCAACGCUCGAGGCCGAAGAGGAGCAUGUCUCGUUCCGUGAGCUAUGGGAUAUCCUGAAAUACGUCCAGAUCACAAUCUUCCUAACUUUGUCUUUGACCCUCACGUUCCCUGUUUUCGCUUCCAAUGUACUUUCAGACAAGAUUGACAAAAAGUACUUUGUUCCCAUCGCAUUUCUGCUUUGGAACCUGGGCGACCUCGGAGGCCGUGUCAUUACUGCGUCUCCGUGGUUUGUUCUUGCGGACCAGCGCAAGAUGAUUAUCUACGCGGCUCUGCGGGUCUUGUUUAUCCCCUUAUUUAUGAUGUGCAAUCUACAAGGCAGAGGAGGUGUUUUUGGCGACUUUACCUAUCUGCUACUGCAGUUGCUCUUUGGACUCUCAAACGGACAACUAUUCUCCUCCGCUUUCAUGGCAAUGGGCGUUCUGCUCACUCGCGAUAAAGAAAAGAAGGCCGCCGGAGGAUUCACUGCGUUUCUCAUCAAUGUGGCCUUACUUUUUGGCAGUGUCGUUAGUUACAUUUUUGUGUAUCUGGUGAGUGCAUAG